UUCUCCGAGAGUCUUCUCCAGCCCCGCCCCGCGGGAGGGGCGCGGUGCCGGGCCCGGGAAGCGCCCCGUCCCCGCCUCUCUUCGCCCUCGUUCCCCGUGUGAAUUGCUUUGGGAUCGCUCGCUGAGUAGCGCCUUGGGUGUCUUCCUGAACAGGUCUCCGUGUCCUUCCGCAGUUCCCCAUUUCAGCCAUGUCGGACAAAAGUGAGCUGAAGGCGGAGUUGGAGCGCAAGAAGCAGCGAUUGGCUCAAAUCAGAGAGGAGAAGAAGAGAAAGGAGGAGGAGAGAAAGAAAAAAGAAACUGACCAGAAGAAAGAAGUUCUUCCUAUACAAGAAGAAUCUGAUCUUGAAAAGAAGAGAAGAGAAGCUGAAGCAUUACUUCAGAGCAUGGGGUUAACACCUGACUCUCCCGUUGCAUUCAAAAGCAAGCAUGGAAUAAACACUCUUACUGCUGGUUCCAUUCCAACAGCCACAGCAGUCAUUUCUGUCCCUCCUCCUACCUCUCCGUCUUCCAAAUCCGUGAGUACGCCAAGCGAGGCUGGGAGCCAGGACUCCGGAGAUGGUGCUGUUGGAUCGAGGACGCUGCAUUGGGAUACUGAUCCAUCAGUUCUUCAGCUCCACUCUGAUUCCGAUCUGGGACGUGGACCUGUUAAACUUGGAAUGGCCAAAAUUACACAAGUUGACUUUCCUCCUCGAGAAGUUGUUACAUAUACAAAGGAGACGCAAACACCUGUUAUGACUCAGCCAAAGGAAGAUGAAGAAGAGGAAGAUGAUGUCGUUGCACCAAAACCAUUAGUCGAACCUGAGGAAGAAAAAACAUUAAAAAAAGAGGAGGAGGAAGAAGCUGCCCCUCAUGAACUUACAGAAGAGGAAAAACAACAAAUUUUGCAUUCUGAAGAAUUUUUAAGUUUCUUUGAUCACUCCACAAGGAUUGUUGAAAGAGCCCUUUCUGAGCAAAUCAACAUUUUCUUUGACUACAGUGGAAGAGACUUAGAGGACAAAGAAGGAGAGAUUCAAGCAGGAGCAAAACUGUCAUUAAACAGGCAGUUUUUUGAUGAACGUUGGUCAAAGCAUCGUGUUGUCAGUUGUUUGGACUGGUCAUCUCAGUACCCAGAAUUACUUGUAGCCUCUUACAACAACAAUGAGGAUGCACCUCACGAGCCUGAUGGGGUCGCCCUUGUAUGGAAUAUGAAGUACAAGAAAACUACCCCAGAGUAUGUCUUUCACUGCCAGUCAGCAGUGAUGUCAGCUACAUUUGCAAAAUUCCAUCCCAAUCUGGUGGUUGGUGGCACAUACUCAGGCCAGAUAGUGCUGUGGGAUAAUCGCAGCAAUAAGAGAACCCCAGUGCAGAGAACUCCACUGUCAGCUGCUGCUCACACGCACCCAGUGUACUGUGUGAAUGUUGUUGGGACCCAGAAUGCUCAUAAUUUGAUUAGUAUCUCAACUGAUGGGAAAAUAUGCUCUUGGAGUCUGGACAUGCUGUCCCAACCACAGGAUAGCAUGGAACUGGUUCACAAGCAGUCCAAGGCUGUGGCUGUUACCUGCAUGUCUUUCCCUAUUGGAGAUGUCAACAACUUUGUUGUUGGCAGUGAAGAAGGCUCAGUGUACACUGCAUGCCGUCAUGGCAGCAAAGCUGGAAUCAGUGAGAUGUUUGAAGGACACCAGGGACCAAUCACAGGUAUCAACUGCCAUGCAGCAGUUGGACCUGUAGACUUCUCACAUCUUUUUGUCACCUCUUCUUUUGACUGGACAGUAAAGCUUUGGACAACUAAGAAUAACAAACCUCUCUACUCCUUUGAAGACAACUCAGAUUAUGUUUAUGAUGUGAUGUGGUCUCCAACUCACCCUGCCUUGUUUGCCUGUGUGGAUGGGAUGGGCAGACUUGACCUGUGGAAUCUCAACAAUGAUACUGAGGUACCAACUGCAAGCAUCACUGUGGAGGGCAAUCCUGCUCUGAACCGUGUGAGAUGGACACAUUCUGGGAGAGAGAUUGCUGUGGGUGAUUCAGAGGGACAAAUAGUUAUUUAUGAUGUGGGAGAGCAAAUUGCUGUUCCUCGUGGGGAUGAGUGGACUCGCUUUGGUCGGACGCUGGCAGAAAUAAACGCCAACAGAGCUGACGCAGAAGAGGAAGCUGCGACCCGAAUCCCGGCCUAGAGCUGGAAAAUAGGCAGCACUGGUAGAUUUGUGAAUGAUUUGAUGCAAAUCCUAAAAGUGCAAGCAUGUGUCGGUUCAAAUCAUAGCUUAAGGGAGGAAUGUAUGGAUUCAACUAUGGACUUUGAAAACAUAUUAAGAUCACUGAAAAUCAGAUCUUGCAUUGUCACUUUUUAUAUAUAAAUUACAAGCACAUUCUUGGAUUUGUGUAACUUUUAAUACAGUUAACUUUGACUUUGCAAGGAACUUACUUUGCUGAAACACUAACCUGGUAUAAAUUUGCUACUUGGCUUCUGAAAAUUCCAGUCUGAAACAGUAUCUUUCUGAAAAGUAGAAGUUCUGUUCCUAAAACUUUCUGUAUUACACAGACUAACCUUCAUUAGGUAGUAAAUGUCUGAAGCAUUCUUUAAUGAACUCCUCAAAUUACCCAUGGAUAUGCAUGCAUAUGUUCCAAGUAAAUGUCAUUGUUCAUAUAUAGAUAAGCCUCAGACUCUGGUAGUGGGUAAUAUAUGUGAAUAAAACUUGUCUGUAGUUACAAACUUACUUGAUAAUCCACCCUGAAUUAAUGAAAUACAUAUUUAAUACCAAGUUCUUUUUGUCUGAAUUGGUGCAGUAAAAGGUGAGAUUGAUUCAUAAAUAAAUACGAGAACUUGUCAGCUGCCCUGACCUCUAAUCUGUGUCCCUGCAGUAGUUUAAAGUUUCUGGGAGCUGCUCCUUUUGUUUUACUAUACACAUCACAGAAUUCUUUUCUACCUUCAACCUCCACUUCUUACCAAAGCCAAUAGGAAAAAGG